UUUGAUUCCUAAAAGCCUCUCUGUACAACAAUUCUAUGACACAUACACUUAUGAUUAAUUUAUGUCAAUUAAAUAGAUGUAAACCAUGUAAAUAACCAGGACUAGAGCCCAGAGGUCCACAGCACCUUUCACCUCUGGGGAGAAGCUGUAACAGCAUUACAUCUCUUGCAAACACAGCAAAGUAAACUCAGCCACUGCCACAUAGAGAAGAAUUUUUAAAUAUUUUUAAAGAACAGGGUGUCUUGAAGUUUAGAGAUCACUAAUCCAUUUUAAACUUUUAGCUGGAUCUAACUAAUUGCAAUUACCGUGAGAGAAUGUACUUUGAUAAUAUAUAUUUAGUUUCCUUUAGCAUAGGUAAUUGAGAUAAAAAUCAAACCAGUUUUUACAUCAAAUAGUCGUUUGCAAUAUAAACAUUUGAUACAAUGUCGGCAUUUUAUUCUUGCAUGUUCCUCGUAAAUUGUGAUGCCAACAACUGCUUUCAUACUAACAUCUUCCCCCAGCGCCGCCACUACUAACGCAACUCUCACUUUUUUUUGGCAAAAUGGCUUCCUGAUAAACUUUUUGAUUCCUUCCCAGGACUUCAAACCUGAAAACCGUUCUUACCAAUCGCUUACAAACCGUCAAAGACCAAAUAAUUCUGCAAAUUGCAAAAAAAAAGCUACAACACAAACAGUAUUUUGAAAGUAAAGAGAGAAAUCGCGUAGGUCUUUGAUCCAAAGACUUAUAAUAUCCCAUCAACCCCACUGAUGCAAUCGUAUAAUGGCAGCGUUUGUACCGGGAGCCGGGAGGUCCCAGAAUCCUGGAGGACGGCCAGUCCUCCCGGAGCAGGUCUAUCCAGCUGGUCCACUCUUGACCAUUGAUGGGAACUUCUUGGCGGAACAGUCCAGCCCUUGCAAACGUAUCACCCAAUCAAAGAUUCGCUUACGCGGACGAACGAGGGCUAACCAGCCGCAGUUGUAACAGCGGCUCCGAUUGGCUCUGGCGAAGGGGGCGGGACAGUCAGCGGCCGGGUGACGUAGCGAACACAUCGGCUGAAGUCAGGCGGUGAGCGAGGGAUGGAGUGGCGGCCUUUGGAGCUUUGCUGUUGCUGUUGAUGCGCACUGAGGUGCUUAUUAUGAUGCAAUGGAAGCAGUUACAAUGGAUUGUAAAGGCAGUAGCCGAUAAGGAGCAGCAAAGCCAAACACAACGUGCUAUUUUAACUAGUACAGUUGAAACUCCUAAGUAUAAAUCCUACUGGUUCACAUAAAUUUGACAGACUUUGUGUUUGAAGCAAACUUGCUUGUGGAUGAGUUGGAAAUCCCCUUCAAAAGUAAAGGCGUGCAAACAUGUUUGCAAAAUUGAAGAAGAAGAUUGCUGAAGAGGCAGGAAGCACCACAAAGCCUGGUGCAGGACGAAUCCCAAGAUCCGUCAGCAGAGAUUCCAUUGCCUCAGUAGGAGCUGACUCAGGCGAUGACGUUGCCUCUGAUAGCAGUUGUUCCCGAGAGGAUUUAUUAUCUCAGUUGCUACGGCGAAAUGAUCAAAUUCGAAAGUUGGAGGUCAAACUGUCAGAUUAUGCUGAGCAGCUGCGAAAUUUGCAGAAGACAAAAGAGAAGCUUGAAAUUGCAUUAGAAAGACACCAGGAUUCUUCAAUGAGGAAGCUUCAGGAGCAGAAUGAGGCAUAUCAAACCAGCAGAGCAAAGAUGGCAGAGACAAUGGCUUUAGCCUUGGAAAAGAAGGAUCAGGAAUGGAAGGUGAAAAUUUCAGUUCUUGAAAAGGAAAAAGCAGCCUUUGCGAAUCAGCUGAAGCAGAUGAAGGAUGAAAAUUUGAACCUGUUUCAGAAACGAGAUGAACAGGAUGAAUUGGACGGAUUUCAGCAGCAGGAACUUGCCAAAGUCAAACAUAUGCUCCUGAGGAAAGAACAAUUGUUGUCCAACGUUGAAGGAGAACUUGAGGAACAGAAAACAGAACUAGUUAAAACCAAAGAGGAGCUGAAGGUCUCCAUUCAGAAACUUUCAAGCCUAAAACAAAGGCUACAGCAAAUGGAGAAUUUAAAUGCAGAUUUGACCAAGGAAAGAGAGGAACUUUUGGCUAUAAAACAAAGUGCAGAAAGGAAAAUAACCCAGUUGGAACAGAGGGCUCAGGAAUUACAGGAUUUGACCCAGCAAUUCACAGCUGAUAUGAAUAAGGCAUCCGUAGAGGCUGGGGAGAAGGAGAGAACUAUUGAGCAUCUACAGAUAAAAGUACUUUCUCUGGAAAAAAGGAUAGAAGGAAAUUACUCUGAUGAUGAACAUGUACAAGAGCUGCUUAAAGAGAAAUCCUACCUGGAGCACAUACUGGAAGAAAGUCGACAUCAUUUGUUAGAAGCUAAAACUAACCAUGCUGAGGUUGUGGGAACAUUUGAAGGACAGAUAGCUAAAUUAAGGAAUGAAUUAGUUGAAAUACAGGCUGUGAUGAAGGAAAAAGAGACUGAUAUGCAGAACUUCAAAGACAAAAGCACAACUCAGGUCAGUGAACUGGAGCAAAGGUUGCAGUCCACCAACGAAAAGUUAACACAAAAAGAAAGUGAUGUAAAUGAGAAAGAAACUCAAUUUAAAAAGCUGCAAGAAGAGUAUGAAUCCGAGAAUAACAAAUUACAACAACAGAUCACUGCUUUAAGACAUCAGCACAUUGAGAAGACCAGCAGAGCAGAUGCCCAAAUAGCUGCCCUUGAAACUGCCCGUGAAUUUGACAAAACUGCCUCUCAACACAAGAUAUGCCAGCUCCAACAGAACAAUGAAGAAAUAAGUGACAAACUUAAUGAAACUGAAAAUGCUUUGAAGAAAGUUGAAUGUGAACUUGAAAUGUUACAGGACAAAUUAAGAAUCAGUGAAACUGCGAGAAAUGAGCUUGCUAAAGUGUUAGAAGAGGCCAGAACACAACAGGAGAAACUGCAUCAUAAGGUGUUAACAUUAACAGAAAAGCUGGAAGAAAAAAAUACUUCUGUCUUGCAGAAAGAUGAAGAAUUCAUCAAAAUGGAAGAGGAUUUAAAGAAACUUGAGCAAGAUAAGGAAGCUCUAAGGUCACAAUUGCAUCAGCUACACAUUGAAAAUGAAAGUUAUAAACGUUUAACAGUGGAAAGAGAGGGGGCAGCCCAGAGCCAGCUAACUGAUCUUGAGCUGAAGGUGACUGAGAGCCAGCAACUACUGGAGGCCAGUCAGAGGAAGGUAACCACUCUGGAAGCAGAACUGAUGGCCCUCAAUCCCCCAGAAAAUGGUGAGAAAGAACAAAAUGGAGAUGUUGCAAUUGCAGACCCCAUGCAACUUCAGCAGGACAACCAAGAUUUGGAGCAGCAGUUGAUGGAGAAAAAUAAGACAAUUAAACAGCUGCUCCAGAGACUAGCAGAACUGAAAAAGACUCUGCAGAAGGAACUGAAAAUGAAACCAGAAAUGGAGUCCACUGAAGUCCGAGAGAGAUCCUGCUUCGAGCCACCAGCCACUGUUAGUAAUUCCUCCACAGUUGUAAACAAUUCUGACCUGAAUGACUCCAGGGAGAUAAAUUUUGAUUAUCUUAAACAUGUCCUCCUCAAGUUCAUGUCUGUACGAGAAUCAGAGGCCUAUCAACUGGUGAAAGCUGUAUCAGUGCUACUAAACUUCACACGUGAAGAGGAGAACAUGUUAAAGGAAUCUUUAGAAUACAAGAUGUCUUGGUUUGGAUCUAAGCCUGUCCCUAAAGGUAUUGUCCGUCCAUCAAUAUCAGGCCAACCUCCCUCUCAUUGGCAGUGAACCAAGUGCAAUGUCUGGAACGUGCACUCUGACAAGAACCAUUGAAGUAACUCACUGUACGAACACUACAGCUAUUGAUAAGAUAUCCUUAUUAAUAUUAUCUGUCACUGUUAUGACAGUGUUUUAAUACAGGACUACCAUUUUACAUUUAAUAGUACCUGAUACUUUAUAUUACUGCACCUGUUAAAUGCAGAUGAAGACGUUCUCCUAUGGGGAAUGAUAUUCACAGAGAAGAAAUGUAUUGACAGAUUGAAAUUCUGUAAUAUCAAGAGGGACUUUUUGUUUUGGACCUGUAGCUUUAUUACAGACCUGAACAGAUUUGAAUGAAAUAUUGCUUGAAGUGACAUACUGUCUUACAUCUUUGUACAUGUGAUGCUCCUUCAUAAGAAAACAUUAACAAAUGCUUAUAAAUGUCAGCUUCUUAAGUUAUAAUUUUAAUUAUUAGCAUUAGAAUAUAAAGUUGGGAAUAAAUCUAAACAAAAUGGCAGAAUCUCCAUCCCCUGGUUACAGGACAGCGGUGCUGUUCAUAACCGUUUCCAAUUCGAUAUCACAGUCAAAUGUUUAUCUCCUUUCCAAAAUACUCAAUGUGCGCAUCUGCAGUUGGAUUAUUUGAAUUGAUAAAAGCAGGGAAAUGAAUGAAAGAUGAUGGUAGAAGAGAUCAAGUUUGAUAUUGUAAUCAGUUUUCUCUAACUGGUCCAAAAACAUCAUUGUAGCCCUUACAAGGGCAUGAAAUACCUCUUAGAUAUUCUCCACUAGUUGUACAUGUCCAUGUUGAUUCAUUGCAUCACCUAGAGCAGGGGUUCCCAACCUUUUUAUACCUAACUAAGGUUAGGAACUGCUGACCCAGAGCCUUUCCAUGUGUUGUUGCUGUUUCAGGGUUAUCAUGUGUUUUUUUAAUUGCAGUAUGUGAAAAUGGUGCUGGAAUCAGAAGCUGGGGCUUUAAUGCUUGGUUUAAGUAGGGCAAGCAAAGGUACAGUUAAAUUCACAUAUACUUGGGCUAAUGCAAAUUAGAAAAGAAUGUGGCAUUUCAGGAUAGCUCCAAAUGGGGACGCUAUUGUGUAUAGAAACUGGAACAAAGUUGUAACACACCAGAUGUAUAAAUUAUUUACAGCUUUCUCAAGGCAGAAAUCAUCACUGUUGUAAUAAUGAUGUUUCACCCUGUCAUUCAUUGAAAGCAAGAGCAACAUGUGUAAAUAAUAUAAUGUCAUAUGAAAACUAAUGCACUUUUAUUUGUAUAAAAAUAUGCUGUGGCAUGUAAUAUUUGUACAUGCGUUGAUUGGCCUUGACAACUAAUUUUUCUCCCUCAAUGUUGUAAACCUGGACUGGAUACAGCAAGUGCUGCUCCGUCUAACCAGUGUUUGCUUGGGAAUGAUUUGUAGGUGCAAUACUUUCCAAUUAAAACUCCUUUAGACUUAAAGUAUUUGUGUCUGGAUUCUUUGAAACUUCUGUUGCAGUUACUGUAAUGGUUGUACUGUAUAUGGUGGUUUGGGGUGGGGAGGAUUGACAUUACU